AUGACAAUUCAGCAGGAUAUAGCAAUGAGGACUGAUGGGACGAUGGAUGUAAUGCCUGUGAGGGUGAUAAAAUACGAGGCACUGCGUGCGAAGGCCCAGCUGGCAGCUGUGGAAGAAAUCCCGCGAUCUCAACCUCCAGCAAUGGAACCCUCGUCGAAUCGCGCCCCGCUUCUGCUCACCUUCACCUGCUCCUGGGCGGCUUUCGCCGGGCGCGCGUCCAUUGGGUGGGUGGGCGUGACGUCACGAGACGGCGGCGGCGCCGUCGGCGGGCGUCGCGACGCCGCGGGCCCGCGAGCGCCCGAGGGGCAGUGCCGCCGCAGGCGUCUCCGCGUUCCGACGUGCGCCGCACACCCGCGCCGACGCGACGCCGCCAAGGACGAAGACAGUGCGAAGACAGUGCCCGGGCUCGUGGUGCGUGCUGUUGCGUGGAGUGCGGGCGCGGGCAGCCGCGGAAGGUCACCCGGUGAGUUCCUUGUGGUUUCUGAAUGGAACUGGAGAUUUCUUCUACUGAAUGGAAUGAAACAUCUGUCACUGAAAGGGAAACUAAACAGCUGUCAUCGCACUUGCACCAUUGAGAAAACGUAA